CGUACACGCACAUACAGACUGCAAAAUGGGGCUCCGCAUCGAACUGGAGAUGUUGGCGGUUCUGCUGUUACUGAUCCCAAUUGCGAGUGAUGGCCUGCUGGUGCCCAAGUGCUACCUAGUGGAUCAACUAAUGUCUGCUAUACCUGAAGAUGUGAUGAACCGGGAAAAACUAGUGGCAGAACUCGUGUGCCAUGUAGACAUGUCAUCGCAUUUUAAUACCAGCUGCAUCAUUCAGGGCCCUUCACGAGUUCCCCCUAGAGAGCGUAAGACCAGAGGUGUUCCCACAACUCCCAAGACCCUUAACACCACCACUAAACCCCCUCCUAAAUCCUCCACUUUGGCCACCACUAAACCCCCUCCUAAAUCCUCCACUUUGGCCACCACUAAACCCCCUCCUAAAUCCUCCACUUUGGCCACCACUAAACCCCCUCCUAAAUACUCCACUUUGGCCACAACUAAACCCCCUCCUAAAUCCUCCACUUUGGCCACCACUAAACCCCCUCCUAAAUACUCCACUUUGGCCACCACUAAACCCCCUCCUAAAUACUCCACUUUGGCCACCACUAAACCCCCUCCUAAAUCCUCCACUUUGGCCACCACUAAACCCCCUCCUAAAUCCUCCACUUUGGCCACCACUAAACCCCCUCCUAAAUCCUCCACUUUGGCCAACACCAAACCCCCUGCAACAGCCUCUAAUUUUGCCACCACUAACCCCCCUACCCCUAAAAUCAUGCACUCAACUCCUGAGCCCAAGCUCAACCAGUCCCUGGAAGAAAUGCUACUCGGUGCCAACAAAUCGGCUACUGAAAAUGUGAUGCCUCCACCACCACCUCCUCCCAAAUUCAACUCCUCGAUGAUAAUGUCCCGUAAAAGAAGAGGGAUCAAUGGACAGUGGACCCUAUAUGGACUGUUCCAGGUGGCCGAUGUUAUCGCCUGCACCUCCUCACCCCCAAAACCCACCAUGAACCUCUGCAACCUGUCCUGCAAUAAGCUGAUUGAUAACGACCUCACUGAUGACAUCAGCUGUGUCCAGUCCAUCAUUAACUACAAAAUCCCAGUCACUGGUGAUAAGGAUGAGGCUACGAGGCUAUUAAGGACAAUGAAAGACAUGCUCAUGAACAGUUGCCCCACUGUGGACUACACCAACUACCUUGCUGAGUGUAAAAGUACAUAGACGCUACCCGCUAUACCUGAUCAAACACCGCUUUCUUCAUGGCCAGUGAUGGGGCUAUUUCUGGGCUUCUCUUAUCAUCCAUAAACAAAUGAUGAAUUGUUGUAUACUGCCUUCAGUUUAAGAGAACGUUGACUCAGUUUUACUGUAAGCUCUGAUGCAAGAAUUUUGACGGUAGUGAGGUACUUUCAGAAGUAAAAUACUAUUUUUGUUGUUUUAAUGCAUGCUUUGAAAAGAAGCUUCCUAUUCCUGCUAUGAUACAGAAAUUAAUAUAUGUUAAGUAGAUUAUAUAAAUAGAUCUAUAUAUUUCAAUGGGAAAGAGGAUGUCUUUCACUUUGUCUAAACAAAAAAACUAAUAAACAUUGCUGAGAAGAUAUCCAAGAAA